AUGAAUUCUCUGCGUAUUUUGUCUCACGGUGCCCCUCUGCUGGCCCUCGUGUGCGUGGUGUCAGCUGCGAAGCUGCAAGGCUACAGUGCCGAGGGCGACACCGGCCUGGGAAUCACGCUUGGCCAAGUGCAUGGAGGCGCUGGCCACGGAGGCGUUGGAGGCGGCAGUGUGAUUCCGGCCAUCUUCGUCGGUUCUGGCGUGAUUCCUGAGAGUGCCUUUGGCGGAGUAACUGGAGGCGUCAUCAGCGGAGAAUACAGUGCCCCGAGCGUUGUUGUCGCUCCCAUUGCUGCUAGAGGCUUCAAUGUUGAUAUCGCUGGAGGCUUUGGCUCUAUUGCAGGCCCCGAUGUCACAUCUAUUGAUGUCCCACCUGUUCCUAACACCGCAUACAUCACUCCCCGAAACUGAGCUAAACUCUACUGGGCCUCAGACGCCGGGAAUAGUGACAGGGUCCCCAGUGGUAUAAAUGGUAUCAUUUUAAUAAAGUAAAAACAAAAAACAAA